UGUCCCUCCAAAGUCAAGGAUUUCAAAGAAUCCCAAAACCUCAAGGUUUUCUCUUUCUCUCAAAUCACUUACUUUCUAAGUAUUGCAUCAAAAUUGAAACUUUAAUGUUUUUUCUGCUAAAAAAGGGAGAAACUUUGCCUGCUAAAAAUAUUUUUUUAUAUAUAAUUUUUUUGUUAAUUUCAUGUAUUUUUUUAUUUCUGAUUUAGUAUAUAAUUAUUAUUGCUUGUUAGGAAAAUAAUUUGAAAGAGGAAUUAUCAGUAUCUGUUAGUAAUGCUGCUCUGUAGAAGAAGCACUAUUUUUGUUCCUUCUUUUAUUGCAAAAACCUCACCAAAUCUUUUUUCUUACUUUACUAAGAAAACCCAUGCUCUUUCAUUGUUUAAGAACAGCCCAAUUCAUUGUAAUCACAGUUAUUUAUUUGGAAAACCCAUAAAAGAUUCAAACUUUAUUGGUGCACAUGAUUUGUUUGUGAAUAAAAAAGCUAAAUUUUGCAACUUGGCAAUCUCCGGGACAUCACGGAGAAAUGAGAAAGCUGUUGGUGGUAAUGUAAUGUCUUUAAGGGAGAAAAAGAAAGCACGACGAGAGGCACCAGAGGGAGUGCUUAAGUUUAAGCUAGAUACGUGUUCAAAGCGUGGUGAUGUUGUUGAAGGGCUUAGGUUGUAUGAUGAGGCGAGGAAAAAUGGGGUUGAGCUUAAUCAACACCAUUAUAAUGUGUUGCUUUAUCUGUGCUCUCAAAAUGGAGGUGAAAAUGUAAGUGAUUUGAGAAAACAGGGUUUCGAGAUAUUUCAGCAGAUGAUUAUCGAUAAAGUUCCUCCCAAUGAGGCUACGUUUACAAAUGCAGCAAGGUUGGCUUCUGCAAUGGAAGAUCCAGAAAUGGCUUUUGAUUUGGUUAAGCAAAUGAAGGGUUUUGGUAUUCUGCCGAAGUUGAGGUCUUAUGGUCCGCCGUUGUUUGGGUUUUGUAAGAAAGGGAUGGCUGAUAAAGCUUAUGAAGUUGAUGCACAUAUGAUUGAAUAUGGGGUUGUGGCUGAAGAGCCUGAGCUUUCUGCUCUUCUGAAAGUUAGUGCUGAUGUAAACAAUGCUGACAAGGUGUAUGAGUUGCUGCAUCGGUUGCGAACCUCUGUAAGGCAGGCCACAGAGUCAACUGUAGGGAUUAUUGAAGAUUGGUUUAAGUCCAAACAUGCUGCAAAAACUGGAAAGGAGAAUUGGGAUGUGAGAAAGGUGAAGGAAGGAGUUGCGAGAGGAGGAGGAGGUUGGCAUGGACAAGGGUGGUUAGGAUGUGGGCAGUGGAGAGUGGUCAGGACUCAAAUGGACAAGGAGGGUGUUUGUGGUUCUUGUGGUGAGAGGCUUGCUUGUAUUGAUAUUGAUCCAAGAGAGACGGAGGACUUUGCUAUCUCAUUAUCUAAGUUGGCUUUGGGAAGAGAGGUUAAGGCUGAUUUUAUUCGGUUCCAGGAUUGGCUUCAGCGGCAUGGUCCAUUUGAUGCAGUUGUAGAUGGAGCUAAUUUGAGUCUUAUCAAUCAACAGACUUUCAGCUUCUCCCAGCUUAAUUCUGUUGUACAUCGAUUACACGACAUGAGUCCAUCCAAGAAAUUGCCACUCGUUAUUUUGCAUAAAAGUCGUGUAACUGGGGGUCCAGCUCAGAGUCCUUAUAACAAGAAGUUGUUAGAGAGGUGGAAAAAUUCUGGUGCUCUUUAUGUUACUCCGGCUGGUUCCAAUGAUGAUUGGUACUGGUUAUAUGCUGCUGUUUGCUAUAAGUGUUUGUUGGUGACAAAUGAUGAAAUGAGGGACCACUUGUUCCAGUUGCUAGGGACUUCCUUUUUUCCAAGAUGGAAGGAAAAGCAUCAGGUUCGACUCUCAGUAUCGCGAUCUGGAAUUGCUUUGCAGAUGCCUCCCCCUUACUCAAUUGUUAUUCAGGAGUCAGAAAAUGGUAGUUGGCAUGUUCCGACAACCACAAAUGAUGAUCUUGAGACCCCAAGGCAGUGGUUAUGUGCCACCCGACCCAUCAAAUCAUGAUUCAUGGCUAUGUUCAACAGGGAUGGGUUACAUCCAACGUAUGCUGGCAAGUAUUCUUGCAUGAAUGAGCAUGUGUACGAGGAAUGAAUCGAGAGAUUCGUAUUAUCCAUUUCUACUGUGCUGUAUUUUUCAAAUAGUAAUCAUACCUCGUAGAAUUAAGGAGUCAUUUUUCAACUUACCAUUUUCUUCUGUGAAAGUUAUAGCUUCCCCUGUGUAAUAGUUGGAAAAUGAGAAAACAGUUUGUUCAAUGAAUCAAUGAGCAGCUGACCAUCAGAUUAUGUUUGUUUUCCA